AUGGGACUCUUGCUGCUGUUUGCGGGCUACCCGAUCAUCGCGUACGUCACCGGUGAUCACGAGUCCACCAAAGGCGCGUUCAAUCUUGGCGGCACCAAUUCCAGCGGGCAGGUCAGUUCGCUCGCUUCCGACUUUCCUGGAUGGAAGACAGGCUCGACCGGUCUCAUCGAUCCCGACACGCCAAAGGAUGCAUAUACCCGCAAAGGUCUGGACGGUGUGACCGACUUUGACCUCGUCUUUUCCGACGAAUUUGAGGUGGAAGGACGAUCCUUUUAUCCGGGCGACGAUCCCUUUUGGGAGGCCGUCGAUCUGCACUACUGGGCCACGAACAACUACGAGUGGUAUGAUCCUGCAGCCGUGACCACCCGCAAUGGAGCUUUGGAAAUCACGUUGGAUCAGUACGUCGAGCACAACCUCAAUUUCCGCGGCGGCAUGCUGCAAUCGUGGAACAAGUUCUGCUUUACUGGUGGUUUCGUCGUCGCCUCCGUUCGUCUUCCGGGCACCGCAGACGUCGCAGGUCUUUGGCCUGCCAUGUGGACCAUGGGCAACCUCGGCAGAGCAGGGUACGGUUCGACGCUGGAAGGUACAUGGCCCUACUCGUACGAUGCGUGCGACGUGGGCACGCUGCAGAAUCAGACGACAUUCGAUGGUCAACCCGAAAUGGCGGUGACGGGUGGUGAUGUGCUGUUCAACAGGAAACACAAUUCGAACGCGUUGAGUUUCCUGACCGGACAGAAAUUGUCGGCGUGCACGUGUCCCGACGACGAUCAUCCGGGCCCAAAGAACAAGGACGGGUCUUGGGUCGGUAGGUCGGCACCGGAAAUCGAUGUUUUCGAAGCGCAGAGCACGGGCAGGAAGAUGACGCUCUCUCAGAGCGCACAGAUUGCUCCUUUCAACUACAAGUACAAGCCGUACAAUACGACGGAGCCUGCCUACACCAUUUACGACCCUUUGCGCACCAUCGAAAACACUUACACUGGUGAGCUGAUGCAGCAAGCCAUGUCGGCUGUCACCGACGCGAAUCAAGCAGCAAUGCAGCGAGGCGGUGAUGGAGGGUUCUCCGAGUACGGUUUCGAAUAUCAGCCUGGGCACGGUGGCUACAUCGAGUGGGUCUCGGACGGCAAGCCUGCCUGGCGCGUCAAUCCCGCUGCGAUGAGCGCAGACCCUCGAGUGGGCAUUGCCGAAAGGCCCAUCCCCAACGAGCCAAUGUACAUCAUCUUCAACGUCGGAGUCUCGAAGAACUUUGGUGCGGUGGAUUGGGACAACCUCCAGUGGCCAGCCACGAUGGCGGUCGAGUGGGUCCGCGUCUACCAACCAAAGGGUCAGAUCAACGUUGGAUGCUCGCCAGAGAGCAUGCCCACUGCCGACUACAUAAACCGUCACUUGGAAGCAUACAACAAUCCCAACCUGACGCUGUGGGGCAAUACGCCAGAGGAAGGUGGCUACGGAGCUAAUUGGCCUCGCAACAGGCUCAAUCCGAACGGUUGCAACGCCCAGGCUUCCAUUUUCCCUGGCUCGCCUACAAAUCCCAAGCCAAAGGCUCCUCACCUCAGAGAAGACCAGAUCGCCGAGGGCGAGUCUUUUUAG